GGAGCUUCGGUGUCGUACCGUUGAUUGCUAUUAUCUUGUUUUAUUCAUAUUAAUGAACAAUUAAAUUAGUGUUAAUGUUAAGUUAGUUUAAUUAGUUAAGAUGGAGUCUAUUUCAAACGAAGGCAUGUGCCGGUGCUGUGCAUCUGAAGGUACUUUUAAAGACUUUCUUACGUCGUACCAUUGGAUGGGCGAAGAAGAAAUAUAUGCCGAUAUGUUAAGGGAUUGUUUCGCGAUAACAUUAUAUACGUCCGAUGACGUUAACAAUGGCGGUAUAUGUGAGGUGUGCAUUACGCAGCUCCGAAAUGCUUGUAACUUCAAGCGCCAGGUGCAGCAGACGGAGGAGCAGUUCAAGAAGAGGGUCCAAAAUAGUGGACUUAAAUCGAAUGUUAUAAAGCUUGAGAUGGCCGGCGGUGAUGAUGGCGAACAUUCCGAUACAAAUUUGUCUGACGAGUUUUCGGCUGCGGAAUUCGAAGUUCCUAUAAAAGAGGAGAAGGACGAAGAGAAGCCGAAGAAGCGUCAAGCGGCGAAACCUUCAACGUCGAGAGCGAAGAAGGCAAAGACCGAGGACGGCGAACCGUCAGCCAAACGAACGGACGGCGACGCGCCGAAGCGCAGGAAAAAGAAAAAGAAAUCAGACGUUAGCGCCACGCCCGAGCGCAUUGAGCACAGAGUGAACCUCACAUCGAUACUGCAAUUCUCCAAUGCGAGUCCGUUCAGGGACAAGACGAUGCGCGGCUUCUCCUGCCUCUACUGCGCGAAAUACUUCCAGCACAUCGACGAACUACGAGCGCACACGUCCCAACAGUCGGAGAAAGACAAAAUCAACACGAUGCUCGAUUACAAGCUCAGCUAUAAUCCGAUCAAACUUGACAUAACUAACCUCAUGUGCACGGUUUGCGAUAAAAAUAUGAAAGAUUUGAUCGAACUCAAGGAGCAUUUAGUCGUCGCGCACGGCAAAACGAUACACCGAAACAUAAAAGACAUUAUAUUACCUUUUAGACUUGAGAACGGACAGAAUUUCACGUGCGUCAUAUGUUCCGUCGUUCAUAUAUCAUUCAAAAAUCUCUACCACCACAUGAGCAGUCACUAUCGUAAUUAUUGUUGCAAGAAAUGCGGCGCUGGCUACAUAACGAUAGCGGCUUUAAGGAAACACGGGAAGACGCACUACCAAGGUCACUUCCCGUGCGAUUACUGUGAUAAAUCGUACACGUCGCUGACGAAGAAACGCAAUCACGAGAAGGGCGUCCACACCGGCGGCUGGCUGAGGAACAAAUGUCCUCACUGUCCGGAGAUAUUCGUGAGCUACUACGAUCGUAGCGAGCAUUUAGUUAAAGUUCACAACGAGGCGCCCGUCGUGUAUCCGUGCAACGCCUGCAACAAGACGUACAAAAAGAAGUUCGAAUUGAACAGGCACAUAAAACACCACCACCUCCAGCAGAGGAGCUUCCUGUGCGAUAAAUGCAACGCGAAGUUCUUCUCGAAGCGUGGUCUCGUCGAUCACAUGACGAGGCAUACAGGUGCCGAGAUAUGCUCGUGCGAUGUAUGCGGCAAAUCGUUCUCUAGAAUGCGGACGUUGAGGGAACAUAUGAGGAUACACGAAGACGACAAGAGAUUCCAAUGCGAGGUCUGCAAGAAGACGUUCAUGCAGAAGAGCAGCUUGAAGAGUCACGUCCGUUUGCAUCAAGACGACUUGGACAUAUUCAAGGAGUUUGAUGACGUCAAACAUCUGAUUGAUAACAGGGAGAUGACGUUGAAACAAAUCGCAGCUGAGAACAAGAAGAAGGCACAGGCCGAAAAGUUGAAGGAUCAAUAUCAAUAGUAUUAGAAAUGACGUAUGAGCCACUGUUAGGCCGGAUUCAGACUUGUGUAAUGUAAUGUACGGCUUAGAUUAACGCGACUUCUUUACGUGGACGUCACUACACGACUAUUUACUGUAACGCUCAUGUCGCCGCUCCAGCUGUUCUGGUGACAGUCAUCGUUCAUGUUGAACCAAAUUGUUGUUAACGAAUAACCAAAAUCAGGGAUUUUUUUUAGUGUGUUUGAGUUUAAAAAGUAGAUCUUUUCUCAUACAAGUUUGUUUGUCACCAUCGAUGGUUUAUUUCAGUCUUCAAAAUCAGCCACCACCUAUCACGUUUUAUGUAUUCGGCAUAUACGUGGCAACUGUUGAUCAACUCGAACUCAUUAGUAUACCGUCAACACUGACUGCCGCAUAAGGCCACAGACCCCGAAGUUCUAGGUUCAAAUACCCCAGGUCGGGCCAAUAAAAGAUUUUGGAUUUUCUGUUGAAAAUUAGAUUAGAUUAGAUUAUUAGAGUCUGGAAGUUGGGAAUUGUGCACGUAAAACCGUUGGCCCUGAGCCUGAAGUCUUUUCAGUCAUGUCGGAUUGCCCUCCCAUCGGAUUAUGAGUGCUAGAGAAAAGAGUGCACCUAUGUUUGUGCACACACUUGUGCACUAUAAUAUCUCCUGCGCAGUUGGCUAAUCUCUCUUGAGAUUGGCCGCCGUUGUCGAAAUCCGUCAGGAGGACUUUACUUUUUAUUAUCAUUACACUGUUCACGACGCAUUACACAAUACAUCACAUCAUGCAAGUCUCGAUCAGGCUACAAGUUUAGGGCUGAUGAGCGAAACGCUUCCGAAAAUAAUUCGGUCAUUGUUAAAAAUGAAUUUAAAAUAGUUUUAUAUGAAAUAUGCACAUUAGAAUAGAAAAAUAAUUUUAUUAUUACUGUCUAGGAUUUCGAAUUGUGCUAUAUGAUUAUAGAUAUACAAAAUUAUUUCAAAUUAAUAUACUGUUUAUAGUAUUCCAAUCAUAGAGGAGUAGAGACCGGUGGUAGAGCUUUGUGCGAGCUCGUCUGGGUAGGUACCACCCACUCAUCAGAUAUACCGCGAAAGAGCAGUGCUUGGUAUUGUUGUGUUCCGGUUUGAAGGGUGAGUGUGCCAGUGUAAUAAAAGGCACAAGAGACAUAACAUCUUAGUUCCCAAGGUUGGUGGCGCAUUGGUUAACAUUUCUUACUAUGCCAAUGUCUAUAGGCGUUGGUGACCACUUACCAUCAGGUGGCCCAUAUGCUCGUCCUCUUUCCUAUUCUAUAUAAAAAAAGAGACGAAUAGAAUACUUUGACGCGAUAUCAUUGGUCGAGAUCUCGAAUAAUCUAUUUACGUUGUGUGGUCGGGGUUACCCGGUAGUAUUGGUACUGUGAGACUUCAAAAUAAAACCACCGAGUAUGUACUGCUGGUCGGAUAGUGUAAUUGAUCUCUCUCAUCGAGAAUUUACAAAACUUACUUAGUACUUUGAAAAAAAAAACACCUAUAGCGCGAUGUAAAAUACAUCUAACGCCAUCUAUUGAUGAGAAGAUAAACUAAAUAAUAUUAGGCAUAAUGUAUUUCGAUCUUGAACAUUAUGGAUCGGUGAAGUUGUUCUCGGAAUUUUGUAAGUAAAAUUAAAGUGAAUAAAUGUAUUUAAGUAUGAAGUAUUGUGUUAUAUAUAGAGAUAUAUUAAUCGAGAACUGUUUGUAGUGCGUAAUACAGCAGAGCUGUUAGCGAAUCGCGUGGAAUAUGUAAAUAAAAGGUUUGUUUGUCUUUACUAGAAACCGAGACAGCCCAGUGGUAAAAACGCGUGAAUCUUGAUUGUGGGUUCAAACCCGGGCAAGCACCACUGAAUUUUCAUGUGCUUAAUUUGUAAUUAUAAUUCAUCUCGUGCUUGACGGUGAUGGAAAACAUCGUGAGAAAACCUGCAUGUAUCUAAUUUCACUGAAAUUCUGCCACAUGUGUAUUCCACCAACCCGCAUUGGAGCAGCGUGGUGGAAUAAGAUCCAAACCUUCUCCUCAAAAAGGGAGAGGAGGCCUUAGCCCAGCAGUGGGACUGUUAUAUUUACUUUGUCUUCGAUUGGAAUAUUAUAUACACGACAUAACUAAUACCAUAGUUUAUCUUUGCAGUAUACAUUGCCUUGAUAUAGAAGUUGGUGUUUAACUUCGUGCUUUGUAUUUUAAUCGAAUUUUGGAACACAAUUUUAACCGAGUCGAAAUUUCGCAUAUACAUUUUACAAUGGUAACAUUGCAGCUUAGUAUAAUAAGUCGGGCCGUGUUGAGCAGAAAUGUUUCAAGCAACAGACGCACAAAUAAAUAUUAUUAAGAUUGAAAUUAUAAUUUCUAUACAUAAAUCGUUUGUUGUGUUCCGGUUUGGAAUUUAAGCGAACCAGUGUAACUACAGGCCUAAGAGACAUAAUAUCUUAUUUCCCAAAGUGGAUGGCGCAUUGGUUAUGUAAGGGAUGGGUAAUAUUUCUUAGUGUUUGUCUAUGGGCGGUUUUGACCACUUACCAUCAAAUGGCCCAUCUGUUUGUGUAUUAUAUCUCUUUUUUUUAAUUCGUAAUAACUUUUAUUACCGUUCAACACGGUCCAAUUUAUUUCGUUUAAAGUACGGAUCAAAUGAAAUUUGUUUUUUUUUUAAUUUAUAAAUAUAGCUUAGGACUCUGAGCAUUUAUGUUGUGAAUUAUUAUUAUUAUUUCGAACUAUAACGAGUGACGAAUCAUCUGUUUCAAAUUUCAGUUAAUCUUUUUAUUCUUAAAGUUAUCGAAAGAUAUUUUGUCUUAUACAAACGUAUUUUUUAUUAUUUCAUAAUUAUAGAUAACGCAUGUUGCGUGGUGCAUAUAACUAAUACCAUAGAUUAUGGAACAAUGCCAUAGAUAACUAUUGUUGUCUAUGAAGUUUUAUUUUUCAUCUGUGGUAGCAUUUUUUUUUAUUUAGUA